AAAAAGCUCCCUUAGGAUAAGCCACUUGGGGAGAACUCGUGCUUCAAACGUUCCCACGCUUAUAGGUGGGGCCCACCUACAUAUGGACCAUCCGAUGAACCCCAUACCUCAAUCUCAUCCUCCAUCCAACGGCUCUCAUUCGCUUGCAUGAAUGUGAGUUAUAUAUCACCGCACCCAUGUACAUUGCUCUCUGAGUUACAACCACUAAAAAAAAAAAAGGACAGAGGAGAAGUAGAGAUUGAAAUGGCUUCUUUCACUUUAGCUUUCGGGCCAGCAGCUGCUACCUGGAGAGUGUUUGCUGCCACAGCUGCAAAGGGCGGCAGCAGCGAAGAGAAGAGUCUUCUUGAUUUUAUUCUCGGAGGAUUGCAGAAGGAAGAUCAGUUGCUGGAGACGGACCCAAUCCUCAAGAAGGUCGAGGAGAAGAACGGUGGAGGUGGGACAGGGAAGAACUCCGUCACCGUGCCACCCAAGAAUAAGUCAGGCGGCUUUGGGGGACUCUUCGCCAAGAAAUGACCAGCAUGUGGGUCAGUUUCCGGCGAGUCAUUGUGGUCGUCUUUCUCUCUUAAUUUCUACAUUGUCUGAUUAAAGCUAUGUUUUCUGUCUUUGCCAUCUUCUCAUCUGAAUUCUUAGCUCAUGUGGAACUUUAAAUUGAAAUUUAAAGAGAUCUACCAUUGUUUUAGCAAA